GAAAGAUUUUGUGUUUAAGCGUCACCGGUGUUAAAGGAUUAACCUGUGGCAACAACUUGUGGCUACUUAAACCAUUAGAGCCAGAUUUGUUUGUUUCUGUGAUCAUGUGAUUUGUUUUUGUGUUUUCUGUUCACGUUAAAUUUAGAAUGAGCAUUUAAUAUAUAUGUAAUAUUUCACCUAAAUAAAGACUUAAUGUUUUUUUUAAUGACUUUUUAUGUUCUUCAAAUAUAGAAUUAUUAGCAAUUUUUGGUAAAAAUAUAUAGAAAUGUAUUUUUAUUAAAUAGUUUAUUUGCAUUUAAUGUGAUGAUAAGGAUUCAAAGAAUGCAGACCAAUUCUAAUCUGGCCCUCUUUGUAAAAAGUUGGACACCCCUGAUGUAAUGUCUAAUAAUCUUUGAGGUUCGCUGUUGUUUUUAGAGACUGUUGUUCUGUCCCACGGAUCACAUGUUCAGCUUCUCGUGUCUCCCUCAGUCCUCUAAAGAGGCUCUCACCUGAGGGAGUACACGACCGUGUAAUGGGAUCAUUAUGGACGGAAAAUUGAGCUCCACUCUAUUAUUCAAUGAGAUGGAGAUGUUGGGCUGCAGGCUGAGCAGCCCAGCACCUUCUGCUGUCAGGUCCCUUCACAACUUCACACAGCUGUGUUUUCUAAGAAACUCAGAACAGUCAGAGCGAAGAAAAAUGUCACAUCCGUGCACGUGGAUUUGGAAUGGGCUUGGCGUGAGGAAACCCAAGCCUUCAUUAAAUGUUCAGCAUGUCUGCAGUUCUCAAGUGUUUGGUCUCCAAUAACCAGAUGAGUGAGAGUGUUUAAUGGCGCAUUUAGAAAUGCUGUACUCUUGUAAAAGUAGAAUCCAGAGCAUGGAAAUCCAGCAGGAGGGUCUAUCCUCCUCCAAAAGAUUGGUCUGAAAUUAAACUCUGCGCUUUCAACUCUGCCUCUCAGGUGCAGAAGCUCCUGAUCAUCCAGAACCGUGUGAGGAGCUGCAGCCGCAGUCUCCAUGGAGACAGACCAGCCAGAUACUUGAGUUGGGUGUUGGUGGGGAGCCAGAGCAGAACAGACGGCACACAAGCGGACCCGGAGAGCAGCUGCUUUUGACGUUCCACCAUGCCGAGGAAAGGAGCUGUCCAGGCUGAUGAUGUGAGCGUGGACAUAGACGAUGAGCAGAGCGACAGCGACGACGGGACCACCAAGAGGAGAGCAAACAGGAGGCAGGCGGGAGGAGGAAGAGGAGGAGGAGGAGGAGCAAAAGGGCGGGGUCGAGGCAAGAAAGCAGAGAGCGACGAGGAGGAAGAGGAGGAUGAAGCUCCCAAGGGACGCAGAGGGGCACAGAACAAGAGACCAGCGAAGAAACGAGGCGGCAAAAAGGAUGACGAUGAUGAUGACAGUGAGGAAGAGGCUCCCAAGAACAAGAGAGGAGGUGCAGCCAACAAGAGGAAAGGAGGUAAGGGCCGAGGAGGUGACGAUGAAGACAGCCCGGCGGAGAAAGGAGGCAAGGGGAGGAAAGGAGGAAAGAAAGGAGGAAAGGAGGAAGAAGACAGCAAGGGCAAGAAAGGAGACGGCAAAGGAAAAGACGAGAAGAACAAGAAGAAGAAGAAGAAGGACGACAGCUCCUCCGACUCCAACUCAAACUCAGAUGAGGAAGAGGACUCCAUGUCGGAGGGAGAGAUGGCCCGGCUGAUGGAGGAGGUAGAGGAGAAGAAGAAGCUGAUCGCCAACAUCCGGAACAAGCCAUGGAGAAUGAAACGGAGGCUGGUCCUGCUGAGGGAAGCCCAGCAGUUUGUGGAUAAAUUUGAAGGAGCUCUGGGUAAAGGCAAAGGACGGAAGUGGUACGCUUACAAAGUGAUGAUGACGAAGAAAUGGAUCAAGUUUCAGAGAGAUUUUGAGAACUUCCGGACGGCUUGCAUCCCCUGGGAGAGGAAGAUCAAAGAGGUGGAGAGCCACUUUGGCUCGUCUGUGGCGUCCUACUUCAUCUUCCUGCGCUGGAUGUACGGCAUGAAUCUGGUGCUCUUUGGUCUGACCUUUGGACUAGUUGUCAUGCCUGAGGUCUUGAUGGGUCUUCCGUACGGAUCCAUUCCCAGAAAGACUGUUCCCAGAGCCGAGCAGGACACCGCUCAAGACUACGCCGUCCUCAUGGACUUUAAUGGCUACUGCAAAUAUUCGGUGCUGUUCUAUGGGUACUACAAUGACCAGAGGACCAUCGGUCUGCUGAAGUUCAGGCUGCCUCUGGCCUACCUCAUGGUGGGGAUCGGCACGUUUGGCUACAGCCUGAUGCUCGUGAUCCGCACAAUGGCUAAAAACGCUGAUGUUGGGGGUGGAGAUGGAGAUGAGGGAGAGUUCACGUUUGCCUGGAAGAUGUUCACCAGCUGGGAUUAUCUCAUCGGCAACGCAGAGACCGCUGACAACAAGUAUGCCUCCAUCACCACCAGCUUCAAGGAGUCCAUUGUGGACGAGCAGGAAAACCAGAAGGAUGAGAACAUUCACCUGCGCAGGUUCCUCAGAGUCCUGGCUAAUUUUCUGAUCACCUGCAGCCUCGGCGGGAGUGGCUAUCUCAUAUACUUCGUGGUGAAACGGUCUCAGGAUUUCGCCACCAGGGAUGACCUCAGCUGGUACGAGAAGAACGAGCUGGAACUCAUCAUGUCUCUGCUGGGCCUCGUUUGUCCUCCUCUCUUUGAGACCAUCGCAGAGCUGGAGGACUACCAUCCUCGAAUCGCCCUCAAGUGGCAGCUGGGGCGCAUCUUCGCCCUCUUCCUGGGGAACCUCUACACCUUCCUGUUCGCCCUGUUUGAUGAGGUCAACACGAAGCUGGAAGAGGAGCAGUCCAUCAAGAACGCCUCCAUCUGGGCCAUGAAGGAAUAUUACGCAAACUUUUCCCGCCUGGUGAAUGACAGCGAAUCCACCCCACCCCCCAUGAACCCCGCGGACGUGAUCAGAGGGCCCUGCUGGGAGACUGCUGUCGGCAUAGAGUUUGUGAAGCUGACCGUGUCGGACAUUCAGGUGACCUACCUGACCAUCCUGAUAGGUGACUUUGCCAGAGCGGUCAUCGUUCGGUUUCUUAACUACUGCUGGUGCUGGGACCUGGAGGCUGGAUUUCCGUCGUACGGAGAGUUUGACAUCAGCGGGAAUGUCCUUGGUCUGGUCUUCAAUCAGGGCAUGAUUUGGAUGGGAGCGUUUUACGCCCCUGGUCUGGUGGGCAUCAACGUGCUGCGCCUCCUCAGCUCCAUGUACUACCAGUGCUGGGCGGUGAUGGCCACUAAUGUCCCCCACGAGAGAGUCUUUAAGGCCUCCAAGUCCAACAACUUCUACAUGGGUCUCCUGCUCCUGGUGCUCUUCCUGAGUCUGCUGCCUGUGGUCUACACCAUCAUGUCUCUGCCCCCCUCCUUUGACUGCGGCCCCUUCAGUGGGAAGGAGAAGAUGUUUGACGUGAUCAUGGAAACCAUCGACUUGGAUCUGCCGGCCUUCAUGGGGACGCUUUUCAGCUACGCAGCCAACCCCGGCUUGAUCAUCCCCGCCGUGCUCCUCAUGGUACUAGCCAUCUACUAUCUGAACUCUGUGUCUGAGGCUUACCAAAACUCCAACAUGGAACUGAAGAAGAAGAUGCAGAUGGCUCGAGAUGAAGAGAAGAACCGAAGAAACAACACAGACAGCACCAACCAGGUGAUGAAGGACCUGGAGGAUCUGCUGCCCAACCGCUCCCUGGCGCCCCCCGCUCCUCCAGAGCCUGAAAAGCCCCCUGAGCCUGAAGGAAAACCAACCAAGACCAGAGGCGGAGCUGCAGGGAAGGGCGUCGACCUGCAGAAAGACGUGAGCCUGGCUUCAUCCAACCCAAACGCUCGAGAGCCGGUGACCCGCGCUCCCGGGGCCAGAGGCCGCGGGCAGCCUCCUGGGGGCCGGGGACGAGGAGGACCCCCACCAAGAUGACAUCCUUUGGCUUUUACGACCAACUGUUACACUUUCAAAGGAAGGUAUUUUUGGAAUCUACAGCCUUAGAAAACAGAAACAAAUCCUGCUUCGUUUCUUUAAAGACUCACUCCAUUGAAAGUUGUGUUUUUAACAUGUUCUUGUGGUGAUGGAGCACAUAUAUAAACAGCAGCAGACUCACCAGUUUGGGGGCCCCAGGUAACCAAUAACAUGGGGCCCUCCGCAGCAGUUGUAUUCAUCUUUUAUUUUAUUAAUCAAAAUGUCUAUACGGUAAAACAACCAUCAAAUAACUUAACGUACAUGAAGCCAUGGAGUUCACGCUUGACAAGCCAACUACCCUUAGCUGCAGUGCACAGACCGGGGCGUGCCUCAACGUGUAGAGCUCCGCCUACUGACCGCGUUUAACCCAGUAUGUGAUUCUUCUUUACUGUUUUCAUCUUCGCAUUUGCAUCAAUGAAAAAAUAAAUGAAAAUAAAACUUU